AUGAUGCAUGAAAGAAAUUUACAAAAUAGCUCGUUCACCAAUUUUGAAGAAUUAAGCAAAAAACAUACUUUUCUAAACAUAUUUUUACGCAAAAACAAUAGUGGGAAAUUAUUUUAUAAUUUUGAAAAAUCUCUAGCUAUUUACUUCCUCAGUAAAGCUACCCUGAAGGAGUACUACGGUCUCAAUUUUUAUUUGCCAUAUGUACAAUGCAAAGAACUGGAUAGGACAUUGGAACAUAUAAAUGUAGAAUCGAAUGGAGAGGAUGGCGACAACGUUACUGUUCAAGUCAAUGAUAUAGCCCAGUUUAAGAAUACCCUUUUGAUCAUGUAUAAUGAGUACAACCAUAUGCUACUAAAUUUGGGAAGUGAAAAGGAAGAAUGUGUGUUGAUGAAUGAAGGUGCCUCCGUAGAGGAAAACAGUGGGGUUAAGGGAAACUUCCUUUGCCCGAACAUUCCUGGUAGAGCUAAUUACAUGCACUAUAUAGCCGACUUGACUGCUUUGCCUAAGGUUCCCCCAGAAGAAAGUGCCUCCGAAGGGGCCAAACUUGGUGAUCCUCCUGGUGAAAAGACUAGCCAACGAAUUCGCGAAGUGACCAUGGAACAUGUAGACAAGUAUGCACCCCAGUCGCUGCAGAUCAAUAACGGGGAGAAGGACACCCUUCUACGAGGCAACCAAAUAAAAGUAUUAGACAUUGGGGUGGGGUCAAACUGCAUAUACCCACUAUUGGGGAAUUGCAUAUACAAUUGGUCCUUCGUAGGAGUAGAUGUAAAUUUAGAUUCCUUAAAACUGUGCUAUUUAAACGUUUUACUAAAUAACAAAGAAAACAUGGUAAUGUUGAAGUAUCAAAAGGAUGCCAGGAAAAUAUUUCAUAACGUUGUAAAUAAUUCAGACUUUUUUUUUUUCUCUAUUUGUAACCCUCCAUUUUACAGUUCCUUGAAUGAAGUUAACAGAAACCCCUUUCGAAAGAUCGGUGCCCACGUCAACGAAGUGGUAUAUUUUGACACUGAACAAGUUCCAUCUGCGGAGUCGCAGAAGGUGGACGAUCGGUUUGGCUAUGUCAGAGAGGAUAAAACAAUGCGUACUGAGCAGAUCGAAGCAGAUAUGGAAAAAUCUCCGGGGGCGAAGGGUAAUAAUAUGGAUACCAUCUAUCCCUUCAGUGUGUCCAACAAUAGUGAGGAGGAAUAUUUCAGUGGGAUCAAAGAAGAAGUGGGUGAUGGUCUUCAAAGAAGUGGAAGAAAAAGUGACAUACCUAUUGACCAUAUCGGGGGAGAAUACGGUUUUAUCCUAAAUAUGAUUAAGGAAAGUAGCUUCUAUUUUUAUAAUGUAGUCUGGUUCACCACCUUGGUGUCCAAAUUUAAAAAUGUGAAAUUAAUAAAAAAGGAAAUAAUAAAGUCUAUGCGAUUAUACACUGUGGAUAACAAACAACAAGUCAAUUUUUUGGAUGGCCUUACAGGGAAUGACAUGCAUUUUGAUCAUCACCUGCGUUUGCAAAAGGUUGAGAGGUGUUCUUUCCCGGUGCAUAUAGCACAGUAUCGAAUUUUUGAAUCGUACACCGGCAGAAUAACCAGGUGGAUCGUUUGUUGGUCCUACUACGGGGAGGAGCAGAUCGACCGUGUGAAACAGCUUCUGCACGCGCGAAUUUGUAAAACGUGA